CUGUUUUUGUGGUCGCUCGCCGUGUGCAGGCUCUGCGCUAGAAUAGAGACACCCUCCCUUUACUUCAGCUCCUUUGAAAGCGAAUGCGAACUUCAACGGGAGAGAGUACACACGUCACCUAAAUAGAAGUUUAGUUUUUAAUUAUAGUAUUUUUGUAGGUAUCCAUUUACUCCCUAUUCUUCCAGGCUCCCCUUUUUUCAAGUCCGGGAGGUCAAAGAAAGCGAAUGCUUCAGGUGGGUGGCUGGCAUCCAUCUGUUUUCCCCUAAAGUUUUGGGACAUUUUCUGAGGUGUGCCGCUGCAUGAACAAGGAGACAGUGGUCUGAGAGUGUAUCUGCGCUCUUGUGACACUCUUGAGCCAAUGCUAUUGCUAUGCAAUAGAUGUGACGACGGACCCAAGUGUCGCUCAGAAACGGUGCAUCUCUGUGAAACACGAUGAAAGACGACUUUGCAGAUGAGGAGGAAGUGCAGUCCUUUGGCUACAAGAGGUUUGGAAUCCAGGAAGGAACUGAAUGCACUAAAUGUAAAAAUGACUGGGCCCUGAGGGCUGCGAUCGCUCUUCUAUACGUGCUGUGUGCUCUGCUUACCAUCGCCGUAGCAGUGCUGGGAUACAAAGUGGUGGAAAGGAUGGACAAUGUAACAGAAGGUAUGAAGAGUUACGGAGGGAAGAUUACAGAUGUGGAGACAGACCUAAAAAAGCUGGAUGCCCAGACAGGUAAGAAAACUGAGAACGCCACCAGUGAAUUAAUGUCCUUUAAGUCGGACAUUCAGACGUUGCAGCGCCAAGUGCAUGACAUUGCCAGCAAGGCGAACAUUAACCAGGCAGCUCUGGAUGAACUACGGGAAGUGGGAGAGGACAUGCACAGUGGCCACAUCACCCUGCGGAGUCUGCUGGACAGCAACGCCAACACCAUCCGCAGCGUGAACAGCACGCUGACCACCUACAGCACCCUGAUCAACGGGCUGAAGGCCGACACGGAGCGCCUGCACUCGGGCCUGCUGGUCCAGACCACGGACCAGAGCCGCGCCCUGAUCAGCAUCAGCGCCCUCAACCUCACGCAGGCCCAGCAGCGGAACCUGAUCGGCGCGCUGCAGCGCUCGGUGGAGGACACCAGCCAGGCCGUGCAGAAGCUGAAGAACGACUACCAGGGCCUGCAGCAGACGGCCCGGCAGACCAAGGCGGACGCCGACUGGCUGAGGGAGAAGGUCCAGAACCUCCAAGCGCUGGCCGCCAACAACUCUGCCCUGGCGCGGUCCAACAGCGAGGCCCUGGACGACAUGGGCUCGCAGCUCGGCACCUUGUCCGAGCAGGUGCAGAACGCCUCGUCGGUGUCCGAGGGUCACGACCAGAGCUUGCGCGAGCUCAUGGAUCGCCAACGGGACCACGACAACGCCACCGCGAGCAAGUUCGACCGGCAGGAGGCGCGCCUGGACGGCCUGGAGAGCGACAUGGACCGCGUGACGGGCAACGUGAGCUUCACCACGCAGCUGCUCGGCGCCAUCAGCACGGACCUGAACGGCCUGAGGUCCUGCACCGAGACGGUCACCCGCCACUCGGACCUGCUGCUGGGGCUGAACAGCAGCGUGGCGGAGGCCAGGGCCGACGGCUCCGAGCUCCGGGCCCAGCAGGACGAGCUGGCCGCCAGGCUGGACAAGGAGGUGAGCAGCCUCUCCGUGGUCAUGGAGGAGAUGAAGCUGGUGGACACCAAGCACUCGCAGAUCAUCACCAACUUCACCAUUCUUCAAGGGCCUCCGGGACCAAGGGGCCCUCGGGGGGAUAAAGGACCCACAGGCCCAGUGGGAAAGCAAGGCACAAAAGGUGACCCUGGGGACAAGGGAAUGACAGGCGGACCCGGCAUCAAAGGAGAAAGAGGUCCCCCUGGAAUUCCAGGGUUACCAGGACUCAAAGGGUCGGCUGGAUCCAGGGGAUCGCCAGGAACCAAGGGUUCCAGAGGGUCAGGGGGUCGCGCUGGUCCACCUGGUGAGAAGGGUGAGCCGGGUGCACCAGGUCUGCCAGGGAGAGAUGGACAGCCUGGCCCCCAGGGGCCACAAGGCCCACAGGGACCCCGGGGACCAGCUGGGGCUGAAGGUGCAGAAGGUCCACGUGGGCCGGUUGGCCCCAUCGGCCCUCCUGGACCACCUGGGUUGCCAGGGUUACCUGGUCAGACAAUAAUAGGCCCGGUAGUACCGCAGCAAGUCAAGGCCCCAGAGCCCACGCCAUUCCCUGGUUGCCCACUAAACUGGAGGAACUUCGGAGACCAAUGCUACUAUUUCUCAUCUGGAGCAGAGAGACUAAAUUUUGAUGAAUCGAAAGAACUCUGCAGUAACAAGUCAUCCACCAUGCUCAUUAUCAAUGACAACACAGAGCAGCAAUGGAUACGAAAGCAAAUUGUAGGGAAGGGCUACUUUUGGCUCGGGUUGACCGACAGCGAAGAAGAAAACAUCUGGAGAUGGGUUGAUGGGAGCCUGCCAGCUUUCACAAAAUGGAAACCAGGCCAGCCUGACAACUGGAGCCAUGGGCAUGAGGAAGGAGAGGACUGUGCUGGUCUGAUUCAUGAAGCUAGCCACAACAAGAACAGGAUAAACUUGCUAGUUUUCAUUUCGGCAAUGCCUCUCUUCACGUCUAACCCCUUUGAUCAAGAUGUUGAGAAAGCAACCAGUGAGAUGAACACAGCAGAGGACUGGGGUCUCAUACUGGACAUAUGUGAUAAGAUCGGACAGUCGCGCACAGGGCCAAAAGAAUGCCUGCGGUCCAUAAUGAGAAGAGUCAACCACAAGGAUCCUCAUGUAGCAAUGCAAGCAUUGACGCUACUAGGUGCAUGUGUCUCAAAUUGUGGCAAAAUAUUCCGGGCACCCUAAGGUUUGUGAGAAGUUAAAGGCUCUCAUGGUGGAGUGGGCAGAGGAUUUCCGUAACGACCCUCAGCUCAGCCUGGUCUCCGCCAUGAUCAAGAAUCUGCGGGAGCAGGGCGUCACCUUCCCUGCUGUGGGCUCACAGGCUGCCGAACAAGCUAAAGCCAGCCCUGCAUUAGUGGCCAAAGAUCCUUCCACAUCAACAAACAAAAAAGAGGAGGAGGACCUUGCUAAAGCCAUCGAGCUCUCCCUGAAGGAGCAGCGGCAGCAGCCCCAGACGUCGCUCUCCGGCCUCUACCCCAGCGCCAGCAGCCUGCUCUCCGCCAACAAGCCGGACGGUCGCAAGGUGCGCGCCAUCUACGACUUCGAGGCUGCCGAGGACAACGAGCUCACCUUCAAAUCCGGAGAGAUCAUCACCAUUCUGGAUGACAGCGACCCCAACUGGUGGAGAGGCGAGACGUACCAGGGCGUGGGCCUGUUCCCCUCCAACUUUGUGACCGCAGACCUGACGGCCGAGCCCGAAAUGAUGAAGACCGAGAAGAAGACGGUGCAGUUCAGUGAGGACAUCCAAGUCGAGACCAUCGAGCCAGAGCCAGAGCCAGUCUACAUCGAUGAGGAGAAGAUGGACCAGCUGUUGCAGAUGAUCCAGAGUGCAGACCCAACAGAUAACCAGUCGGACCCUGUGGAGCUUCUGCAGCUGGAGGGUGCUUGUAACCAGAUGGGGCCACUUAUUGAUCAGAAACUGGAGGACAUUGACAGGAAGCAUUCUGAGCUGUCCGAGCUGAACGUGAAGGUGAUGGAGGCACUGUCGCUGUACGCCAAACUCAUGAAUGAGGACCCAGUGUACGCCAUGUACGCCAAACUCCAGAGCCAACAGUACUACAUGCAGCAGCAGCCGCCAGCCAAUGCUUCCCAACAGGGGUACCCAGGCCAGACCCCUGCAGGCUCGUAUGCCAUGAGUGGCACAGCAGUGCAGGGCUACAGCGUGCCUAUGGAGCAGCACGCCUCCAUAAACCAGGCCGGAGGCCCCAUGCCAGGCCAACCAAACCCCAGUGACGUGCACAUGUACAUGGGCCAGCCUGGUGUCUACGGCCCCAACCAAGGAAACAUGGGGCCCGGUGAGGUACCCUCCUAUCAGAACCCCUCCAGUGUGCCAGCCGGAAUGGGCCAACCCCCUAGCUACAGCGCCCACACCACCCAGAGCCUUCCAGCCCCCUCCGAGGGACAGCAGGUCCCUUACCCUGCUGAGAAGGCCUUGCUCUAAGGCCGGCACACAGACUGAGACCCACCCGACCCCUUCCCCCCCCCCCGUUUCUGUCUUGCAGAAGCACACACAAGACGCACACACAUGUAUAUACGGUCACAUGCAAAUCAUGCAGAUUCCCUAGCCCGGUUAUCAACAUGAAUAGACUUACAAAUUAUUUCAGAACAGAAACACUAACUGUUACUUCAACAUACACGUACAUGCAAUAUGUUCACACUAAUGGAAAACAGCCCCACACACACACACACACACACACACACACACACACACACACACACACACCCCGUCCAAAUAUAUAGGUGUAUAGUUCUCUGACCGUUGUUACCACUGAUUGAAUUUACAGUCAGUGGUGAAGAGGCAAUGAGUAUCUUUUUACGUUUUCCAUUUCUUUUUAAGACUGGACACUUAUCAGAAAGGAGCACUCGGCCAUUUCAUGUGACGCAUCUUUAAUUUUUAGUUUCGUAUCACUAAAGACUGGAAACCAAGUUGAGGAAGGCUGAGAGGACAGAACCAGAUGAAGAAACGGCAAGAAGCAUGCAUACUUUGUACAUAGCGUACUGUCCGGCUGCACAGGCGGCCGUAGCAUCGUGGCUGCUGUGGCAUCGUGGCUGCUGCUGUGGCCGCGCCCUGAAGGACCGCAGGGGCCCGCUCCCUCCCGCAGGCUCCUCCCAACUCAUCAAAGUCCUCAUAACGUAAGCUGCCUCCGAGGACCUGGGGGAGGAGAGAUCAAACACACACACACACACACACACAUAUAGACAUAGACACAGACACGUAUAUGAGUACAUGCAUACAUGCAUAAUUGCAUAUAUGCAUACUUGCAUACGUGCACAUUUACACAUAUACAUACAUACCUACACCGCUACAGGUGCUGGCUGGGCGUUCUGGUCAGUGUCCCAUGGUGUCUAUAGGCAUCGGUUUUGCUCAGUGUUAAAUUCAUACCAUGCAUUUUUUUUGUAGCGUGAUUUUUAAUUUAUAUUUUUUUGAUUAUUGUUAUUGCUAUUUUUAAUGCACAGUUGUGUGUGUGUAUAAGAGGAAACAAAAAAGGACAGAAAUAUUCUACCUGUUGUAUAUUUAAGAGGCUCGGGACUCCCCAUUUUAGUUUGAUUCUGUAGACUCAGAAUGGCUGCCCGCUCAGAGAAAUGGAGCCCCACACUGCACGUCAGGUAGCGAUUAUUACUGUACGUCCAUGCACUUUUGAUUUUACCCGGACUUCUCGGAAUGUUUCCGUUUCAACACUAGAGACCACCCCUGACUGAAUACUUUAAAAAAAAAAAACCCAGAAAUGCCCAGAACUGGUCUGCUCAUCUGAAGACAUACUAGAUUUUUAAAACUCUACUCAAGAUGCACUCCUUAAAAAGCAAGCAUUUCAAGAGAUGGCUUGCUCUCUUGGUUUGAGUUGAUUUUACUGAUCAUUCAUUCGUGAAGACAGGAUAUGAAGUUGUCCAUCUUCUGGAUGGAUACAAGUCACUGGAUAAAUGGCAGGCCCCUGCUUACCCCAAGCCAGAGUCUUCUCCCGUGCUGGAUGGUGCUCCGCUCAGGUUGGAGUGUAGAUGUGCUUGCUGGAAGCUGAGUGGGAGUAGAGUGGUGGACACUAAUAUUCUCGCUGGGUUUCAUCCAGUGGUUGUGACUGAGUGACUGAGUGACUGUCCUGCUCCAGUCUCCCCCUUUGCUGCCCCGCUGUGUAGAUGAAAUGUGAAGGAUAGGAAACACGUUUUUUUGGGAAAACAAUACCCUGGGACCACAAGCCAGUCUUAAAUAAGCACUCCUUUUGCACAUGGAGUUGGGAGGUAGAUGUCCCAGAUCGAAGCUUUGUCCACAGGGAAACGUGACUGAUUUUAUGUUUUGACAAAAAAAAGUGGGCAAUUCUUGUGUCAGUUUUGCGGUUAUGUUCCAAUGUAGCCAGCUGUUUGUAUGUACAAAUUUAAUCAUCUUAAUUAUAAUUAGUAUUCACAAUAAAACUAGGCCAAAUGUAUAUAACA